AUGAUUAUUAUUCCUCCAGACAACAAGAGUCAGGACACUGUCGUCCCAAGACGCGAAGAGGAGCCUCCAGAGUCGUUGCCUGGGCCACCACCUGCGGGCCCAUCCAGAAAGCCCAUAAAUCAUGUGAGAAAGAGAAGACUACGUCUAGUUGCUUGUGCCGCCAUUCUCCUGUCUCUCGCAUUUAUCAUCCACACGACUCGACGCGCCAAUCGACCGCACCUGUUCCGUCCACGCAAAAAGCUCUUUGCUUUCGACAAACCGAGAGAGCCAGAGGCCUUGUUUAAUCCCAAAAAGCUGCUCGAAGUCGAAAAAACGUUUCUCGCCGUGCCGAACAAUGAUUCGGCCAUUGAAGCUUCUCGGAAAUUUGCAGGCAAACCUCAUCUCGCAGGUAGCGAGCAGGAUAUCGAGACGGCUUACAUGAUGCUCGACGUCUUUCAGACCCAACUCGGAAUCGCAAAGCCAGAGGAUCCACCAGUGUUUGAUGCAGGUUCACGGCAAUCUCAACGAGCCAUUAGAGGCACAACUACCGUCCCGCGGAGAAUAUCGCAGCCAAUUGCAUGGAUUGACACCUAUUACCCCGUUCUAAAUACGGGCGUGGAACAGCGGCUAGAGAUACUGGACAAGGACGGCUCUGCUACAUGGUCUGCAGACCUCUGGGAAGAUGGAGACUCUGCAGACCCAGACGCUGCUGGGUAUCGGAAUGCAGUUCCCCCAUGGCACGGUCUCUCCAAGGACGGGGAAGCCAUAGGACCCGUCGUCUACGUCAAAUACGGCAGAAAGGAAGACUUUGAUUCGCUCGUCGCGUCCGGUGUCAACCUCCACGGAACGAUUGCACUCGUACGGUACGGGGGUGUCUUUCGAGGCCUCAAGGUCAAGGCUGCCCAAGAAGCUGGGUGUAUCGGCGUGCUCAUCUACUCUGACCCACACGAUGAUGGAUCUGUGACAGAGUCGAAUGGAUAUCAGCACUGGCCGCAUGGUCCGGCACGGAACCCGACUUCGGUCCAGCGAGGCUCCGUUCAGUUUCUUUCUUCGUACCCUGGUGACCCGACGACACCAGGGUAUCCUGCUUACAAGAAUGCGACGAGGAUGGAGGCCACGUCGAUUCCUUCUAUCCCUUCUUUGCCCAUCUCGUGGAACAAUGCACAAAAGCUAUUCGCCGAGAUUGGAACUAGCACCACGAGUGUGAAGAAGAUUCGUCUCUUGAACAAAGUCGACGACAGGGUUAUCCCUAUUUACAAUACAAUGGCCGUCAUUCCGGGGAUUGUACCGGAGCAGGCGGUCGUGGUUGGAAACCAUCGCGAUGCAUGGGUUAUGGGUGCUGCGGACCCCACGUCUGGCACGGUUUCCCUUCAUGAACUUGUUCGUGGACUUGGUGCCCUUCUCCGCACGGGAUGGAGACCGUUCCGGACAAUCAUUCUCGCGAGUUGGGAUGCAGAAGAGUACGGCUUAGUUGGCUCCACAGAAUGGGGAGAGGACUUUGCAGAUUGGAUCCAAGCUCAUGUUGUUGCAUAUCUCAACCUUGACGUGUCCGUUUCUGGCUCGAGAUACAAUCUCAAGGGCUCGCCCUCGCUGGCUCACCUCAUCAUGGACGCUGCCAUGUCCGUUCCGCACCCCAAGAACCCGAAUCUGACGCUCUGGGAUGCUCGGCUGGAGAGAGGCCCGUUCACUGGACCGGCUUUCGCCAAUGAUCCGAUCUCAGAGCUGGUUCAAGAGCGGAUGGAGGCCGAAACCAGUGUCGAGCAGGAUGAUAUCCCUGUCAAUGCACUUGGAAGUGGAAGUGAUUAUACAGUCAUGCUCCAGAGACUCGGCAUUGCGAGUACAGACAUGGGAUUCGGAUCGACUCUUUCCGACGCGGUUUAUCAUUAUCAUUCAAUCUACGAUACGCAGACGUUCCAAGAAACGUAUGUGGAUGCGACAUUUGACAAGCACGUUGCUGUUGCACAACAUCUCGGCCUCAUGAUGCUCCGGCUCUCAGAGUCGCCCAUCCUUCCGAUCAAUACGACGCACUACUCUCUCGAGUUGUUCAAAUACCUUCAAGACGUCAACAACUCGGCAUCAAAGAACGGCAUCAGCCUCGACACAUCGCACCUCAAGUCUGCCCUCGACAAACUUCUCGAAAAAAGUCUCCGCUUGGACAAUGUCAGAGACGGGCUCCUUGAGAAUCUCAACCGUGCUCAUGCGGAUCGGGAGCAGUUUGUCAACGCCAUGGUUCAUGAAGUCAAGACUUGGGUCCACAGAAAGCUCGGAUUCAAGAGAAAGCACCUGCACAAGGAUGAGUUGAAACACCUCGAGCAGUUCUUUGAGAUGCAAGCGUACGUAUUAGCGCCUGAGCAUGCUCCUGCCGUCACACUCUAUGAGCCGCCGAUGAAUAUCACGGACCUUGUUCCCCAUCCUUUGCCGGACGGUCUGGCCAACGAGCUUGCCGAAAGCAUGAUGCGGAUCCGCGAGACUAAUAUACGUCUCGGUCGAUUCGAACAAGGAUUCUUGUCUGAAAGUGGAAUCAAGGACAGGGAAUGGUACCGACACCUAGGGGUCGCCCCCGGUAAAUGGAAAGGUUAUGGCGCGACGAGGUUCCCGGCGCUCAGCGAGGCCAUUGAGAUUGACAAGAAUGCCACCCUGGCCUCUCAAGAGGUAGUACGACUGGUAGAAGUAGUGGAGACGCUCAUCGACACGCUUACUUUAUCGUGA